ACGGGCGGUCGAUGUAAACAACUACUGUUCACUGUCCCCUGCGAGUACGGAACGACAGUCGGGGGGUGCCCAAACACCCGCGACUCAUCUCCCUUGCCCCUGCCGCAACAUCCUCCCGCCGGCGCGGACUGUGCGCCCCGCCGUCCAGGAGGGAGCCCAGCACGGUCGGAUCGACCGCGAGUGCGAGCGCAGCCGAGGCCUGAGGCGAGGGCAGGGGCCCGACCUCCGAAGAGCAGGAGCGGAGGGCAAGCCGAGCGCCCCUCCAGCCGGCCCACCUCCCCGGCGCAGACGGGACGAGCCGGCACCGGAGCGGCGACCACGCGGACGGAGCGCGGAGGCGGGAUCUGAGGGCAAGAGCGGCUGAGGGGCCUGCCGCGCCGCGUCCCACGGCAGCCAAUAGAGCCGGCGGCCGCUGAAGCGCUGAGCGCCCUCGGGACCUGGGCCGCGCCUGGGCCUGCGCGGCAGGGCCGGCUGUGCGGAGAGAGCCGGCCUGCGGCCGGGCGCUGCUCGCACGGCCCGCAGCUCUGGGCCGGCCCCGGGGAGAAGCGGCCGGGGCAGCGGUAGCCGAGCGGGGCGGGCGCGGACGGCGGGCAGGCAGCGCGCAGGGCAGCCCUCGGCGGGCGGCCAUGACGGCGGCGCUCGGGGCGCGGGGGGCGACGCGGCGCUUGUUGGCGGCGCUGCGAGGUCGAAACCUGAGCCUCGUGGCCAUGUCAACAGAUAUUCACUGGUUGACAGCAGAGGAGAGGAACCAAGUUAUACUUGACCUUAAAGCAGCAGGAUGGUCGGAGUUAAGUGAGAGAGAUGCCAUCUACAAAGAGUUCUCCUUCAAAAAUUUUAAUCAGGCAUUUGGCUUUAUGUCCCGAAUUGCUUUACAAGCAGAGAAGAUGAAUCAUCACCCAGAAUGGUUCAAUGUGUACAACAAGGUCCAGAUAACUCUCACCUCCCAUGACUGUGGUGGACUAACCAAAAGAGAUGUGAAAUUGGCCAAGUUUAUUGACAAAGCAGCUGCUUCUGUGUGAUUUCUUCCAAAAGGCAUAUAAGAUCCUAUGCACGUCUUAGCCAAAAUGUAUUUUUAAGGCAAUUUAUAUGAACAAAUUAAGUUGUAAAUUUAGUUCACCUUUACAAACUGCAUUUUGUAAAAUCAGUGCUUAAAUACAAAAUGACUUGAACUUGA